UUUUGUUAUUAUUUAUUGUUUAAUUUUACACAUUUUGUAUCAUAGAAUUUUUUAUUUAAAAAAAUAAAAAUUAGAAAAAAAAAAAAUUAAAAUAAAAUAAUUUUUUUUUUUUUUUUUUUUAAAAUAAAUAAAAAACAAAAAAGAAAAGAAAAAAAAAAAAAAAAAGAUAUUUUUUUUUUUAAAUAUUAAUAGUUUUUUUUUAAAAGACUUUAAAAACAUUUAUUUAUUUAUAAAAUUUGUAAUAAUAAUAAUAAAAACCCCCCACAGAAACUCUAUAUUUAAUAUCUACAACUCCUUCACUCAAACACAUAUCAACCUACACAUAAUAGUAAUAUAAAAAUGUCAAUAAAUGGUAGACCAAGUAGACCUUCAGGAGGUAAAAAGUUUGGAGCAGGAUCAGUUACAAUUACAAUGUCAGAUUUUCAAACCUAUGAAAUGCAAGCUAAGCAAAUGGAAUGUAAAUUAUGGAUUGAAUCUGUAUUAAAUGAAGAGAUUGACAAUGAUUUACACCAAGCCCUCAAAGAUGGUGUAGUUUUAUGUAAAUUAGCAAAUGUUAUGUUCCCAGGUAUCAUACCACGUUUUAAUAAGCAAUCAUCUAUCACAUUUAAAUUAUUAGAAAAUAUUAAUUCCUUUUUAGGUGUAUUAAAAAAAAUGGGAAUUAAUGAAAGAGAGUUAUUUAUAGCAACUGAUUUAUGGGAAAAUAAGAAUUUUCAAAAAAUUGUUCAUACCCUAAGUAAAAUGGCAACUAUUGCAAUAGGAAAAGGUUUCCCAAUUAAAUGGCCAAUUGUAGAGGAUCCAAAUCAAGUAAAUAAACCUAAUUUUGAACAGGGCUCAACAGAAAAAGUUAUAGAUUGGGAUCAUAGUUUUAUUUAUAACAAUAAUAAUGGAACACCACAACAAUCAAAAUCACCAAAUAGUUCAAUAAGUAGAUUAUCAGGAACACCAAAAACAUCAUUUGGACUAAAUAGCAAUGGUAAUAGCACUACAAACUCAACAACAACAUCACCCUACCGAAGUGUUAUAAACUAUGGCGCACCAAUUCCAAAACAACCUUCAAGCAAUUCAUUAUUAACACAAAAUAAACCAACCAAUAGUGCAUCAUCAACACCAAUUAAUUCAACCCCAACUGUACCAUCACCAUUACCUUUAUCAUCACCAUCAUCACCACCACAACCAUUAACACCUACACCACAACAACAGCAGGAAGAAAAAGAAAGAUUAGAGAGAUUAGAAAAAGAGAAAUUAGAAAGAGAAAGAUUAGAAAAAGAAAGACUAGAAAAAGAAAGACUAGAAAAAGAAAGAUUAGAAAAGGAACAAAAGGAUAGACAAAGAGAAGAAUUAGAAAAAAGAAAAAACGAAUUAGAUUCAAUUAAUAAUUUAGUUAAAUCAUAUGAAGCUCUUUCAAUUAGUGAUAAUUAUGGUAUGAAUGUUAUCCAUUACGCCAUCAAGGAUGGUCAAAUCGAGAUUGUCAAGAUGUAUACUGAUGAUUUGAAUGUAAAUUUAAAAACAAAUACUGGACGUGUAAAUUUAAAUUGUACAAACUCUGAAAUCAAAGGAUAUGCACCAAUACAUAUUUUAAUCAGCACAGAAGAGCCACGUUUAGAAAUUAUUGAGCUUUUAUUAUCAAGAAAUAUCAAUGUAAAUAUUAAAAAUAUUAAUGGUUCAACUCCACUUCAUUUAGCAGUAUUUUGGAAUCACUUUAAAGUAUUGGAACUUUUAUUAAAAUAUAAUGCAGGUUUGGAUGAAAAGAAUAAUAAGGGUAGAACUCCUUUAAGUUUAGCUUGUCACUAUGGAAAUGAAACAAUUGCAAAAUAUUUAGCAGAAAAAACAAAUAAAGACAUUAAGAAAUUAAAAAUUAAAAAUAAUAAACAAAAAAUUUUAGAUAUGGAAAUUCCCGAUUCACCACCUGUACCAAAUAAUUAA